CACUUGUCAUUUUACCAAAAUGACGUAGUGGUGAUAAGGGGGUGCGAUUUGUUUUGCUCUUCUUAAACAUAAAGAUCAAAAAAUGUUUAGUAGAAGUAGCACAGUGCCACAAAGAAAUAAAUUUUCCAUGACCAGGCAACAGUUAAUUGAUGACAUCGAAGCGAUUUAUAGGGACCAGGAACAGAGAAGUAAACUGUACUUGUGUCUGGAUGAGAAGCCCCCCAGAGAAACAAAAUUCGAGAAAAUUGAGGAGUUUUUAAAAGGUACGCAAGACUUAGAAAAAAGUUCUAACAUACUCAACAGUUUAAAACGCGAAAUGGAGGACUUACAGAAAGAUAUUGCUUCACAAAUCUCAACUAUUAGAGAAACUUCAGCCAAUGCUUUAAGGAGUUCAGAUACAAUACUUUAAGUUAAUCUUAUUUGACCAAAAACCAGUGAAACAGUAUAGAUUUUUGAAUGUGUAAAUUACAAUAACAAGGGUACUUAAACGGGAUAAUGCAUUGGAUUAACGUCAGCGUGAGCCUGAACAUUACGAUCUGACAUGUAGAAGCAAAUCGAGCAUGGGUGUCCUGUAAAAUAAAAAUGUAAGAAAUGGGAACACAUUAUAUUAAAUAUUCGUUAAAGCAGUUAAAACGUUCAAAGAAAAUGAGAAUUGCAAGUCUAAUUGUUAUUGACUUUAUGUACUUUUAGUUAAUCAUGAUUUACACACAUUCCCUUUGAUUAAUAUUUUUUGAGAAUCACAUGAAACCAAUAAUGUUUUUGUAUAUUGCAGUCAAAAAAAGCAAAAGCAUUAAUAAAUAUUACAACACA